UAAAUUGAGAGAAUAAUGAAACAAAUUGAACAUCAUCCCGCCCAGAGCUGCGCAGUGGAGAUUUCAAAACCGGCGCAGCUCACGUGGCCAGAGGUUAUAUAUACGGGGACGAGGUGCGCGGUCGACAUCCUAUUGCGGGAACACCCAAGCUGCUCCUGUGAGAGGCUCCACUCCGUUUUAAUUUUACCAAAUCCCUCCAAAAUGCGUGAGUGCAUCUCCAUCCAUGUGGGUCAGGCUGGUGUCCAGAUGGGCAAUGCCUGCUGGGAACUAUACUGUUUAGAACAUGGUAUCCAGCCUGAUGGCCAGAUGCCCUCUGACAAGACCGUUGGAGUUAGUGACGACUCGUUUAAUACUUUCUUCAGUGAGACUGGCGCCGGCAAGCAUGUCCCAAGGGCGGUGUUUGUUGAUCUUGAACCAUCUGUUGUAGAUGAGGUGCGCUCUGGAGUAUAUCGCCAGCUUUUCCAUCCUGAACAGCUUAUCACCGGCAAGGAAGAUGCUGCUAAUAAUUAUGCUCGUGGUCAUUACACCAUUGGCAAGGAAAUUGUUGACAUUGUACUUGACCGAAUUCGUAAGCUGGCUGAUCAGUGCACAGGGCUACAGGGCUUCCUAAUUUUCCACUCCUUCGGUGGUGGUACAGGUUCUGGUUUUACUUCACUGUUGAUGGAACGCUUAUCAGUUGAUUAUGGAAAGAAGAGCAAGCUGGAAUUUGCUGUGUACCCUGCUCCUCAGGUUGCUACUGCUGUUGUUGAACCCUACAACUCCAUCCUGACAACCCACACAACUCUGGAACAUUCUGACUGUGCAUUCAUGGUUGACAACGAAGCCAUCUAUGAUAUCUGUCGCAGGAACUUGGAUAUUGAACGGCCCUCAUAUACGAAUCUCAACCGCUUGAUAGGUCAAAUUGUGUCUUCCAUAACGGCUUCCCUAAGAUUUGAUGGUGCUUUGAAUGUUGACUUGACUGAAUUCCAGACCAAUUUGGUGCCAUACCCCAGGAUCCACUUCCCACUGGUUACUUAUGCUCCUGUCAUUUCUGCUGAAAAAGCUUACCAUGAACAGUUGUCUGUGGCAGAGAUCACCAAUGCCUGCUUUGAACCAGCCAACCAGAUGGUCAAGUGUGAUCCACGACAUGGGAAGUACAUGGCCUGCUGCCUCUUGUACAGAGGUGAUGUAGUGCCAAAGGAUGUAAAUGCUGCAAUUGCUAAUAUAAAGACCAAGAGAACCAUCCAGUUUGUUGACUGGUGUCCAACUGGUUUUAAGGUUGGCAUUAAUUACCAGCCACCAACAGUUGUACCAGGUGCUGAUUUGGCAAAGGUUUCCCGUGCAGUGUGCAUGUUGUCAAAUACAACUGCCAUUGCUGAGGCAUGGGCACGUCUUGACCACAAAUUUGACUUGAUGUAUGCCAAGCGUGCCUUUGUCCACUGGUAUGUGGGUGAGGGCAUGGAGGAGGGGGAGUUCACUGAAGCUCGUGAAGAUUUGGCUGCCCUGGAGAAGGAUUACGAGGAAGUUGGUAUGGAUUCUGCCGACGGUGAAGACAUUGAAGGUGGGGAUGAAUAUUAGGUUCUCCGUCAAGAAAGACACCAAUUGGUUUCCACUGAUUAAAUUUUUUAUUCUAACUGGAGCAUUACAUUCCUGAAGUGACCAAACACACAACUUAAUGAAAUGACGUAUUUUUUUAUUUGCAGCCCAAAUUACUUGCUUUAAUAAAUCAGAUUUGACAAA